UGUGUGUGUCAGCAGAGGAUAAAGGUCCAGCUACUCGCUGUCAUCUCUUAUUUCUUGCUGCUUGUCGAGUCACACUGACUGAGAGAGAUGAGGGUUUACCUGCUGCUGCUGCUGCUGCUGCCGCUGUGCUCUGGAGCUCCGACAUUUAGCAUCCUGUGUUACGGAGAGGACUUCCUGAUGGUCAACAACAUGUUGCUGGACUGUAAAGGGAAGGUUCCUCAGGCAUGCUACACCCGGGAUAACGGAGAGAAAGGCUGCACUCGGCUCGACUCGUGUAAUCAACCUGGAUGGAGCUGUUGCCACGCCGACCGCUGCAACGCCUGAGCCAAUGACAGCCCAGGAAAGGGACAUCAUCCAAACACAUGACAUUAAAUAAAGCCAGGAUCAUUUCCCAUGAUGCAACA